CUGUAAAAACUGAUGAGCGCGCGAAGCAAGGACAGCGAAGUGCGCGAAAUUAUUCGAAUAUAAGUCGAGCAACAUAAACAAAAGCAUAAGUUGAAAAUGGCAGAAGGACAAGCUAAUCCACGUGUUAACGCAUCGAUGCUGCCAAGAUAUGAGGGAUGUUUGGUUAAUUUACUUGGAAAAGUGAAAAGUGUUGAUCAAAAUGGUACAUCCUUUGUGUUAACAUCUACAGAUAAUAUUGAUAUUGAAAUAUUACUUCCAGAAUCGCUUGAGGAUUCUGUAGAAGGGAUAACGGAAGUGAUUGGAUCUGUUUGUCCGAAUCCUCGUCAGAUCAAUUGUCAUCAGUAUGUCAAUCAUGGGGACAUCGACAUGGAUUUGAGCUUGUAUGAUGAAGCAGUAAAGCUUUCGCAUGAACAUGAAAAGUUCUUUCCAAUCAUGAAGACCAACAGCGACAAUCAAUAAUCUCUCUACAACCUACUACACAUCGGUCACCAAGAGCCUACGCCAGCCUAUAAACUUGAAGAUCUUAUGCUGAGUGCAUUGUUGUAUUGUGCCAAAGGCAGGAAUACUUUGUAAAAUAGAAGAGUACGAAACAAGCUGUUUGGUCUAAUUGUUCAUGUCGAUUUUCAGUAAUUAAAAGGCCAAGAGGGGAAAAAAUAAGUACAGUGUAGGUGUCAGAUUGCGCAGAUUAUAGCCGAGUACCAAUAACUCAAUCACAUUAACGGCUUGCAAGAACAUAAGUCAACCUAAUACAGUAGAUUUGCUAUAAUACACCUUACGACUAUUUACGACAAAAUAUAUUAUAUUCAUUUUUAGAAUUUGCUUGUUGGAUUUAUUUUAAUACAAUUUAGAAAAAAAAAACUUGUGUAUUUACCAUGUCUAAACAUGUUACUAUUGUAUUGCAAGUGAACUCGCACCCCAGAGGUUCAUCGAAGAACCUGGAAGUAGUGAUCUAAAAAUAAAUACUGUAUGUUUUUUCAUGUUUUAUUACAAUUGAUGGGAAUGAUUUUUAUCAUGGUGGCGCCCUCUAUGACUUGGCAUAUGGGUUGAAACUAAAGAAAAAAGGCUUGGCAAGCAACAUGUUAUUGUUAAUGUCAUUAAAGCAUAUGUGCUUGUAAAUAGUUCCACAUUGGUGUUUAUGUAAAUUAUAUUUUAGUAGCUGGACAGUUGAAAUGCACAAGAAAUAUGAAAUACAGUCCCAGUUGGGUAGCAUGAUGAAAACUGUUUCUAUAAGAAUGCACUCUGCUGUGAACAUUUUCAGUGGGCGAAUCCAAGAACUAAUUGAACAUGGCAAGCUACCCCUCCAAAAAUACUCCCCCUGGUUGCUGGAAGAAACAUUCUGAAUCCACUCAUGAAUUUGAAUGACAUUAAAGGCUAACUGAUAAUAUUUCAAAUUGAUUUACAGUAUUUUGUUUGUAAUAAAAUAUAGUAAGAAAAA